ACUCUUCUGGAAUUGAGAAGAACAGAACACAACAGAAGAGCAGCCUCAACUUUACCAUGUGCGAUCACCACCUGUCUUCCAUUUCCUUUGAUCCAACUGCCGUCUCCAUCCCCAGCACACCCUGCUGCAAAAGAUGUCAGCAUUCCACACCAAAAGGAAAUUGGUUUUGUUUGUCCUGCAAGGACAUCUUCUGUUGUACUAGUGUGAAAGGACAUUUUUAUCAGCAUUAUGAAGAGACAAAGCAUUGUCUUUGUCUCAACUGCAAAUGUCAGCAUCCAACACCAAAAGGAAAUUGGUUUUGCUUGUCUUGUAAAGAUGUCUUCUGUUGUGCUAGCGUGAAUGGACAUUUUUAUAAGCACUAUGACGAAACAAAGCAUUGUCUCUGUGUCAAUUGCAGUACAAAAUCAUUCUGGUGUUGCUCCUGCCGCAAAACUCUAGAUGCGCAAGUGAUCCAACAAUUAUGGGUCAAGGGUCGAUCCACUUCAUCCAAGCUAGAGAACAUUGAUGCAAUGAUUGUAGAUGUUAUUGAUCUCUUGUCUAAGCCCUUUCCUAGCAUCAAUGUUUAUCCACAGUUGGAUGCUCAGUCAUUUGUAAGCCAGGACGAGCUUGCACUGGCUAAGCAGGGACUCCAGAAGAUCUUUGAUGAUGGGUUGGAGGCUGUAGCUGAUCCCAUAGUGGAAGAAGAGUUUCUCCUUUACUCAGCCACACUGCUAUCAGCCAAGUCAUGCCCCUCAGAAUUGAAGGUUAACCUCUCAUCAUUCAGCUGCAAUCUUUCGGAGGACACCUCUGCUUUCAUCAAAGCUCAAGAUGAGUUGAAGAUUGCCUCAGACUUAUCAGCCUCAAUCAAUCAGAAGAAAUUUGUAGUGCGGCAACAAACUUCAAAGUAUGAUGAGGUGAAAAAAGAAUUGACAGCCUCGGACAAGAAAGUAACAAGCUUCAAAGCCAUGAUCAAAGAUUUGGAAAUAAAAAGGUUGGAAGCUUGUUUAGCUACGGAAGAGAGCAACAGGGCAAAGAUUGAUGAGGCUAUAGAUUUUAUCGAGAAACAAGUCACCACCGCUAGAGAUGAAUUGGUCUCGGACUUGGCGCAUGUGCCUUCCAUGGAGGGUACGAUCCAAGCAGCUACACAGUUAGUAACUCAAAAACAGUCGGACUGGGAUAACCUGAAGCUUAGUUUUACCAAGUUUGCAUGAUGCACUUAGCCUAUUCAGCUGUUGUUUAUUCUUGUGGAAUAGCCACAGGUGUGUGCAUGAACUCCAUUUACUCACUAAAGACCUAGAUUGUUGAGUUUUCGUUCAACUAUAUUUAUGUUGGCAUACGUUCCAACUUCCACCU